UCUGCUAUUUUCAUUCUAUUUCUAAAUAUUCAUUUUUUUCAUUAUCUAUUCUUCAUAGACAUCCAUACACAACAACCUCCAACCUCCCCAAGACUCCAACCAAAACCAUGGCCACCAUGUCCGCAGGCACAACAACCUACAACGUCUACCGCGUCUUCUUCUCCCAAUCCUUAGGCACAGACCACGAAGCCAUCGCCCUAGUCCCCCAAGAAAACAAAGACCAAGGCGCCGGCCGGUUCUACCACGUCACAGGAACCGUUGGACUGGGAAUGGACUACGACUCGAAACCCGCUCACCGGUUCGACAAGAUCCCGGAAUACAAAGGUGCUGCUUUUCUGUUCCGACUGCCGAGGGCGCAGCUUGCGAGGUUUGAGGAAAUUGCGAGGAAUUGUCCGCCGCCGCAUGAUCCGAGGGCGUUGACGGAGGUGAAACCGGAUCCGCCGGUGAGAGAUUGUUCGAGUUGGAUUGAUGAGGUUUUGGCUGCGGCGAGGAAGUUGGUUUGAUGAUUGUGAACAUUAAGGGCAAAUUGAGGCGCAGAAUGUGCCUAUUAGACGAUGCAGAAGAAUGUGUGAAGGGGUACUGUGAAGUCCAUCAUUGCUACCAUAGCACCUCAGUCAAAAACUGAUAAGCUCCAUACUCAGCACAAUAAGGCUUGAAAAUCUGAACCAUGUAAUCCGUCC